AUGAAUCUUGAAGACUUACUUGAAGGUCAACAAAGUGUAGCGGAUCUUCUUGAUCAUCAUCGCCGUCUAAACCGCCUGGAAUUGCAAAACCAAGUAAGUCAAAACUCAUCAAUAAAGAGCGAAGAAGAGAAGAGUGAUGACUUGCUAAAGAAGAAACAAAAACUUCGUCUUCAAAGAGAUGUGAUGAAAAUGCAAGGAGAGCUAGAGGAGGAGCAAGCACUCAACAAGGCCUUACGAGGUAUACUUCGUGGACCAGUCAUGUCUCAGCCUCGUCUCUCUUUACUGCUUCUUCCUCCUGAGGUUCAAGAGAUAAUAGAGGAGCUUGCUACGGUUGAGGCAGAGAUAAUCUGCCUCGAGAAACAAAUCCAAGACCUGAAACAUGAUGUGUAUAGUGAGAGGAAAGUGAAUCAAGAACUUGAAGCCAAUGAAAGAGAAGAGAGGACGAUGAUGAUGACCACUCCUAAGAAACUACUACAAAGGCAGAAUCAACUUCCUUGGGAACCUGACAGUGACAUUCCAAAGAUGAGAUCUAAGGAUCUAAAACAAAGAUCCAAGUUACAGAGUUGUGAAGAUCCUCAUGGUUUCAAGGAUAUCCAAAUGAGAAAUCCCUUCUCACCAAGACACAGCAGUUCUUCGACUUUUUCAAGAAUGCAAGAUAGCAAGUACAUUCAAAUGAGCAAUCCCUUCUCACCAAGACACCGUUCUUCGACUUUUUCAAGAAUGCAAGAUAGCAAGAAAGGGCAAGAGAUGACGCCAAAUGGAGUAUCAGAAGAUCUGUUGAAGUGCUUGAUGGGAAUCUAUUUGGAACUCAACAAGUCAUCGCGAGAGAGAGAAGGGUCAAGAACGGUUUCAAAGCUGAGCCUCUCACACCUGAAGAACGCUUCUUUCAAACGCAAAUCAGUGUAUGGGCAGAACGCAUCAAAUCUUGAUCCUUAUGGAGCUGUGAUGGGGACUUGUAUCAGAGACAUUGGAGAGUACAAGAACUUCAUCCACAUCACUCGAACCUGCAUUGAUGUUAGCCGUCUAUCUGAUUGCUCAACUUCUCUUGUCAAUCUAAGGUACUUCAGUGUCAUCUUCCUUCUUAAUUAUCUGUUGAGACUAUAUUUCGAUUGUUAA